GCACAGGUCGUUGAGCACUGAUCAAUCCAUGAUAUCCACAGUCCUCAACAAGUCUCACAUUCGAAUGCUUCUUGUGCGCAAAGCGGUGUGCAAUUCGGAGAAUCUUAAAAUAAGCAAUAACCGUUUUAACGCUUUAAAACGCCGGCAAUAUUAACACAAACAUGUCUGCAACAACAAGUAGUGGCGGCAGUAGCGCGAGUGACGAUUCGGUAACGGAUGGCGAUGCCAGUUUUAAGCUUGCUAAUAAAACUUUGCAAGAUUAUGAAGUUGUGUCGGUCAUUGGCAACGGAACCUUUGGUACGUGCUUCAAAGUUCGCGACAAGCAAACCGGUGAGCUGUAUGCGUGGAAGGGUAUUGACUAUGAUGAGUUGAGUGAGUCUAAAAAAGCUUCGUUGGUGUCGGAGAUACGGGUGCUGCGCCAGCUGCAACAUCCUAAUAUCGUGCAAUACUUUCAUCAUUUGGUCAAUCAUGAGGCUAAGUCGAUAUUUAUUGUCAUGGAGUGCUGUGAAGGUGGCGAUCUGGCGCAGCUUAUAAAUCGCGCACACACGGAACGUAAGCGCUUCGAAGAGCGUUAUAUAUGGCGCGUACUCUUUCAGGUGUGUAAAGCGCUGCAGGUGUGUCACAACAAGAUAAGAAAGGGGACUAUUUUACAUCGCGAUAUUAAGCCAGCAAACAUAUUUCUUGAUGCACAAGGUAAUGCUAAGCUAGGAGAUUUUGGCUUGGCGCGUAUUCUGCGCAAGAAUCAGGAUUUCACUGCCACUUUUGUCGGCACGCCUUACUAUAUGAGUCCGGAAAUCGUUAAGGGCUCGAAAUAUGAUCGCAAAUCGGAUGUAUGGGCUGUGGGUUGUCUUGCCUACGAAAUGUGCGCCUUGCGUACACCCUUUCAGGCACCAAAAUUCGAUGAGCUUUCUUCAAAUAUUUCCAAUGGAAAAUUCAGUCAUCUACCUUUUGUGUACUCUAACGAUCUACAGGAGAUUAUUGCGUACAUGCUCUCGGUGGAUUCAGAGCAGCGUCCCAGCAUUGAAGUGAUAACACGUCACCCAACCGUUGUGCGUAACAUAACCGAACUAGGCAACGAAUUUCCGACGUUGAUAAAAGCUGAGCCCGAAUUUUUUGUUUAUGAAGAAAAACCCGAUGUCUGUUGUAAGCUACAAUACAGCCCCUUUAUAGAUCUUUCCAGCACUAUGUAUACGGAACAAAACAGUUUUAAUGAGGAAUAUGGACAACGCCGUUUAAGCGGUGGCUUUACACCUGACUUACGCGCCGAACUCUUUUCUUCUGUGAAACGUCCUUUGCAUCCUACAUGUAUGCUACAGCGAUCGGAUCCUGAGCUCUAUGAAAGUAUAAAGCACGAAUACUAUAUGAGCGCAAAUGAUGAGACAACACUGAGACCACCAAUACCACCUCCGAAGCCAUAUUCACAUACGCGUGUGCCAGCCAAAUCGACCAUGGAUGAGCUCAAAUGUCCUGCCAUGAUAACGGAGAAUGUCUUUAAUGAGGCUCUACAAGAACGCUUACGUGCAAUACGUGCACAGGAGUCUCUGUUGCAACAAAGAGGGCUCAGCUUAGAUGCGCGCACGCAGGAAUUAAAUGAGCGAGAAAAGCGGUUGCAACAGUUGGAAAUUACGUUACAUAAACGAGAACUGGAAUUGGAAGUGAAGGAAAAAGCCGUGACCGUUGAAGCUACUCGUAUUGCAGCAGAAAGUCGAAUCGCUCAAGUCGCUGCGCCUCCUCCGAUACCGCCCCGAAAGUCCAGCAUUAACAAACAUGACGGAACUUAUUGCAGCAUCGAUGACACCCAAUUGGAAUCACCUACAAUAGCAAAGCUAAGUUUGCCCUUCGCCAAGUCGCUUCCUACCCUUCGUCGGGUUACCUUCCAGUCACCGAAAAAGUUUAUAAAUUAUAAUAUUGAAAAUAUUCCGAUCGACACUGCUCAAGUGAUGAAUGUGAAAUCGACAAAGGUGAACACUAAAGAUCAGCCUACACAACUUCAAAGCAGCGUUUCCAGCAAGGAUAGUCGGGAUUCAAUUGAUAGUGGCAUCGGCACCAACUCUACAACAAAAGCGGUAGCAAAACCUACGCAAACACGACGCCGCUCAAUAUUAUCCACCAUAUUUGGUCUACAUCGGAGUAGCAAAGACUCAUCAAAGCCAGACAGCAGCAACCAUAUUGGAAAUGCUAGUGAUUCAAUAAUAAACAAAAACAGUAACCAACUUCCGCAUCCAUGUUUAUCCACAGGCAAAACCCACACGCCAUUCACACCACGUGACGGCCAGGUACUGGCCAAGUGCGAGACAUCCGAGCUUAGUAAUAUUUGGACUAUGGAACACAAACGCGCAGCAUUUGACAUGUUGGCCGCAAUGAAUGCCGGUCAAAACGGCGCGGACGCAGCGCAAACAGGUGUUGUGCAAUACACUAGGCUCUCCUCAAACACUGUCACCACCGUUGCACGCCAAAAAUUCAGACAAUCGACCCGCGAACGCCAUAGCGCCACCUUGCGACGUCAUCAUCAGAUCCGGCGUUCGUUAAUGGUACCUUCGCAGUCGAGCGUGCAUGCGGCAGCAGCCAGUGCCGGCGCGGUUUCCACUACACGCAGCAAUGGCAGUCGCGAGAAAAUGCUUGUUUAGAAAAUAAUUCUCAGUGUUGCUUAAGCGGUAAUGAAGAAUUCUGAAACUAUUUCCAUAAUUUAUUCAAAAUGCUGUAUACCAUAUGUGCAUAUGUAUGUGUAUAGGCUGCCGUGACGGGCACUUUGUCUAAGCGACAAGUACAAAUGUAUAUGUAAACGUGCAAGUAGUCCGGAGGUCGUGGUACUUCGGAUAUGAAAGAUUAGAAUGAAGCAGUAAAUGUUUCCUUACCCAAGGAAAAUGAAGAUGCGCACCAUAAAAUGUUGAAACUUAUCAAAAACCUGCCGAGAUUGGUGUAAUCCUAUUAUAAGAAAUUUAUAAAUUGUGAUGCGGAAUAAGUUCCCUUUGUCUUUAAGAUUUGUAAAAUUUGUUUAAUGUAUGUAAAUAAAUUAUUGUAAUUAGCGGUUAAAUAAAUAAGUACUUUCAAUAUU